AUGCCUCGUUAUUGUUUAUUUGGAGACACUGUAAAUACAGCUAGUAGAAUGGAAUCUAAUGGAAGACCUGGACGUAUCCAUAUAUCAACCACAACUAAUCAUUAUUUAACUAACAUAAUUGGAGGAUAUGUAACAGAACCUAGAGGAGAAGUAAUUAUUAAAGGAAAAGGAGUUAUGGAAACAUUUUGGCUACUUGGACAUGCUGGGGAUUCUCAUUUCUUAUCAGGUAUUGCUGCUGCCAAUGCUGAUCGUGACACUCCAGAACCUGUUUAA